UUCCGGUGGACAAAUCGGCCAUGUUGAAUAAUUUUCUUUGUGGAAGAAACAUGUCCUGAAAGGUCACCUUUACUAAGAUGUAAAAAGAAUCCAGGUUUAUUUCCUUAAACAAGAAGUUUCUUGAUUCAACACGUCAUUUUGGUGUAUGUAAUCAGUGACAAACAGCCAUGGCCUGUAUACAUUUCAAGUUUAAGAACAGCCUGGACUAUGAUUCCAUUACUUUUGAUGGUCUCCACAUAGCCCUAAAGGACCUGAAGAGGAUGAUCAUGAGCAGGAAGAAGCUCAGGGAUACUGAUGACGACCUACAAAUUAUCAAUGCUAUAACAAAGAAAGCAUACAGUAAUGAUGAUGAAAUGAUUCCAAAGAACUCGUCUGUGAUUGUCGCCCGGAUUCCAGUCACUAACCCUGCUCCUAGGAAUGGACCAAAGACCCUCAAUCAUCCAAAUGCCUACAAAGAGGAACCUAAACCAGUCAGAAAAUCAGUUGUGGAAACCCCUGUGACAAAGACUCAAGAUUUAUUGGAGACUGGAAACCUUCUUGAUGCCAAUGCAUCCGAAGAGGACAAGAUAAAAGCCAUGAUGAGGCAGUCAACAAUGGACUUUGACCCAUCAAACUAUGUAACCAACAAGAAAGCCCCUGUUGGAACUCCUUCCCCCACUUAUAUUUGUAAGAAGUGUGGAAAAUCCGGGCACUUCAUCCAAAACUGCCCUGUAGAACCUGGGGAGGCAAUCGAUAAGGAGAAGCUGGCCAAGAGACCCACAGGAAUCCCCCAUUCCUUUCUCACCAAAGUUGAUGACCCUAAUGCCAAGGGGGCUUUAUUACUAGGCCCAGGUCAAUAUGGAGUACCCACAAUAGACAUGAAUGCCUACAAGGAGAAGAAGAAGGAGCGCCCACCAUUCCUACCCGAGGAGAAGUUGCCCGAGCCCAAGAAGGAGGAGAUCCCUGCGGAACUCCUCUGUCCUAUAUGUAAAGAUCUUUUGACUGAUGCAGUCGUUAUUCCAUGCUGUGGAACAAGCUUCUGUGAUGAAUGCAUAAGAGAUCAUUUGCUUGACACAGAAGAUCAUGUAUGCCCUCACUGUCAUGAAACAGAUAAAUCACCUGACAGUCUUAUAGCCAACAAAUUUUUGCGGCUUGCUGUCACUAACUACCAUAAUGAAACUGGAUACACAAAAGUUACCAAGGCCAUGUUGAAGGCACAGCAAGAAGAGAUGAAGGCUAAAAAAGCAGCUGCAGCUGCUGCUGCUAAGAAAAUGGUAAUAAAGCAAGAAGCAAGUAAACCAACGAUGUCAUCAGAGGUGAGCAGUGCCCCACAAGCAAUUCCAACUUAUGGCAUGAAAUCUGGACAGCAUUAUAAAGUUGGUGGAGGAUCUAAGGGGGUGGGAUCUCCAAGAUCUCCAUCAAAGUUGAAUGACUCCCAGAAUGGCACAGAUCAUGCUCCAGGGAACAAGCCUUCUCUCACUGUGAAUGCCCCUUCUAGUGCUGUCCCUGGUGGUUUGAGUCCACCCACUCCAUGCAAGGAUGAAAAGGAUGUACAUUCACCUUCAGUGUCUUCAGCCCCUGUGUCUAUUCCCUCCACUUCAGGACCAAGUCAGCCAGGAUUAUCAGGUCCACCUACUUCACAACAAAUGUUAUCAAGACCUCCGUUGAUUCCAGUGACUUUUCCGACUGCCCCCAUACAGCCUAUUGGAGUACCUUACAGACCUCCGAUGCCAAUAGUGAAUGCAGCCAUCCCACCACCAGGAUUUUUAGCCCCCCCUCCAGCAGGACCAUUUGGACCAGGACCAAGGUUUCCCCCUGCACCGGCAGUGGUUCCACCUUUUCAAGCAGGUCCCCCUCCACCUGUGCCUUUAAGUAAGGAGGAAUUCUACAGACAACAGAAGAAACUACAGGAACAGCACAAAAAGAAAAAGGCAGAUCCAAUGGAUGUGUUCGCAAGGGAGUUCAUGGACUAUAAGAAGAAACCAAAAUCUCCUUCAAGAUCUAGGUCCAGGUCUCGAUCCAGAACUCCACGGCGAUCAGUCUCUCCACGCAGGUCAAAGUCACGUAGUUUGACUCCCAGAAAAAGGUCACUGUCUCCUAGGAAAAGGUCACUGUCUCCCAGAAAGAGGUCACUAACUCCCAGAAAAAGGUCUUUGACCCCCAGGAAAAGAUCCUUGACACCACGUAAAAGAUCUUUAACUCCAAGAAAAAGGUCUUUGACACCCAGGAAAAGAUCUCUUACUCCAAGAAAAAGAUCUUUCUCACCCAGAUCAAGAACCAGAUCGCGAUCCAGAUCACCAAAUCGUUCAAGAUCCCCUUUUGGGAAACCUAUGUAUCGUUCCAGAUCUCGCACUAGAUCACCUAGGUCAAGGACUCCUCCAAGAUACAGAUCAAGAUCUAGAUCACUCUCUCCAAGGUACCGCUCAAGGUCACCAAGACCAAGGUCAUAUACCAGAAGUCCUCCAAGAUAUCGUUCUAGGUCAAGGACACCACCACCACCAAGAUGGAGAUCUCGUUCCCGGAGUCCUGGCAGAUAUGACAGAUGGACACGGUCUCCACCACCCUAUGGCCGUCGGAGGUCAAGGUCACCCCUACCUCCCAUGUACAGAGGCAGGUCAAGAUCACCCCCUCCUUAUGACUACUACCGACCUGAGUGGGAUGCACCACCACCUAUGUAUGGUGAUUAUAGAGGUCCAAAAGGCCGGCCAGUUGGAAGAGGACCUCCUCCACCACCCCAUUAUGGCUAUCCACCUGAUCCAUACAAUAGGUUUGAUCAACAUGCCUAUGAUGAGUUCUACCAUGAGUUUUACGCACGAUAUGGAAUGCCUCCUCCACCACCCCCCAAUCCUGCCAUGUAUGACGCUCCACCAUACCCUCCCAGAAGAUCUCGAUCUCCAAGAGAGAGACGACCAUACAAAGAAAGGCCACCGCCUCGCUCCAAAAAUGAAGAUAAGCCCAACAAAGCAGAGAAAAAAACAAGUGACAAAAAAACAGAGAAGAAAUCAAGCAAAUCUAGCAGCAAGAAGGAGGAGGGAGGAAGCAAGAAAAAGAAAAGUGAGAAAUCAGCAAACAAAGGAAAGGAUGAGGAAAAUAAGAAAGAGGAGAAAAAAGAGAAUGAUGAAGAAAAGAAAGAAGAAAGCAAAGAUAGCCAUUCAAAGAAAAAGAAGAAGACCUCUUCAAAGACUCAAAAGAAAGAGAAAGAGGAGAGUGAGGUGAAACCAAUAGAGGAGAAGGUGGAUGAAAAGAAAGAUAAGAAAAAGGAGGUGACAUCUGAGGAUGAGGAAGAGAAGAAAGAUUUGAUCAAGAAAGAAAAGAUCAAGGAAGAGGCAGGCAAGAAGAUAAUUAAGGAAGAGGAUGUUAAAGCUGUCAAAAAAGAGGAAGAUAUGAUGGCUGAUGAAAAAUCAAACGAGGAGAACAUAAAGACUAGUAAGAAGAGCAUUUCUAAGAAGGAGGGUGGGGAGAUAAUGGAGGGUAUGAAAUCACCCAAAGAAGAGAUAAAAUCUGCAAAAGAGGAGAGUUCCAAAGACGGAGAUAGGAAAGCCAAGCGUAAGCACAAAAAGGGGACAAAGGAAGCUGUAAAAGACAAAAAGCUGGUGGAGGAGGAGGAAGCAGAAGAAAGUCCUGCCAAACGACAGAGGGUGGAGCAGAUGGACGAGGACAAAGAUCAGAUCAUGUUGUCUCCACCAAUCUUGUCAAAAUGGGAGAAAGACGACUACCAGGAAGACAUAUCCCCUCGCAGGAGCCGUAAACUGUCCCCAGAAGCUAAGCCAAAACAGGAGCGCAAAAUGUUGCCAAGGUCAGUCAUAGAAAAAGCAGAGAAAGCUUUCAGCCAGAAACAACCUCAGCCUAUCUCAGUAGCAUCAUCCAUUAAGCCCUCAUCCAGCCUUGCUAGUCGAUUGGAGAAAUCUCCUCCCCACAGAAUGAAAUCCCCUCCCUCCAGGCUGAGGUCACCAGAGGGGAAAUCUCGCAGAGUUUUCAUGGAGAGCCAGUCCAACAAAAAGGUUGAAGAGGAUAGCAGGAAAGUAUUGAGUCGUGAUAGGUCUAUGCAAAUCACUGUCUCAGGGGAUGUUAAGUCAAAGAAAAAGUCCAAGGACUCAAAGAGUGAGAUUAAAGACUUAAGGGAAUCCCUAAUGGAAAAGCGAAGGGCUUCAGUAAGGAGCUCAUCAACAGAGGAAUGGGAUCAACCCAGAGGAAAGGGAUUCAGUCAUGAUGACAGGAUUUCUGUGAAUUACUCCCGUGAAAAGGAUUGGGAUUUUGUAGAAGAUGACAAGAGUAAUGAUGGUUGGAUAACUAACAAGUCAAAAGGUUAUUCCAAGUCAUCAAAUUCUAGGCCAAGUGGUAAGGACAAUGGUGAAGAAAAAAGAUCUGUUUCAAAGGAAAAGACUAUGGAAAAAAGUAGAAGGAAAUCUAGAGAGAAGGAAUCUCCAAAAAGGGCUAAGAAAGAGGAGGAAAAAGAGGAUAAAGGUGCAAAGAAGAAUUCUAAAUCUCAGGAGAGGAAGGAGGAGAAAGGGAAGAUGGAGGACAAGAAAAAGAAUGAGGAUAAAAGUUCCCAGAAAGAGGGUGCUGAGGUCACAGAAAAGAAAGAAGUGAGUAGUAAAAAAACAGCAAAGGAGGAAGUGUCAGAGGAUGUGAAAGACAAAGUGAAACCAUCACUAAGACAUGACAGAAAGGAGUCUGUGAUGGAUGAAUCCACAUUUGAGCCGGAUUAUAAUGAAGCCUUGGGAAGUGAGGAUGAAGAGGAGGUGCCAAAGCCGGAGGUGAAAAGACAGUACUCCACAGCAGAGAGUGAAAAAGUGGAGAGUGAAAGUGAGGAAGAGAGCUCAGGAGAGGAGAAGGAGAAGAAGCAUAAAAAGAAGAAGAACAAGCAUAAGAAGCAUAAAAAGAACAAAAAGAAGCAUAAGAAAAAGCAUAAAAAACAGGAUGAUGGUGAUGAGUCUUCAUAACAUAACAAAGAACAAUACUUAUAUCUGACUAUUUUGUGAUGGAAGCUAUUUUAUGUAAAUAUCCAAUCACAUCAACAAGGGCAUUUUCAUGAUUUGUGCAGGUACUAGUAAACCUGGUUUAAUUCACUUUUCAGCCAUGUUGCCUAGGUUAUCAAAAAAGGAGAUGAUGCUAGUAGCAGCUCUUUAAAAACUCUCAAGAUAGGAAAAGGUUGAUUCAUGUGUUCAAGUUAUAAUAUAUCUGUAUCCUUCCAACUAAGUUGUGCAAUUUAAUGUAUGGGUGAGUGUGAUGAAUGAGGAUGAAGUAGAAAUUUGAGAAGCUAGGACAUUACUAUACAGUAUUACAAAGUGAUACAAAAGUUAUAAAAAUUGAUAAAUAUUUUUAUGUCACAGUUUCUUGGAAGAAAAGUGACAAAAUGCUUUUUUGUGUGUUUAAUAAAUCAUGGAGUAAUUUGAUUUGUAGAUAAAAGUGCAUC